AUGGCCAACAUUUAUACUCUAAGGGAAUUUUUCUUUGGCCAGUGGUCUUCCAAGGUAAGACUUGAUGGCAAAACAGUUAUCAUUACAGGAGCCAACACUGGCAUUGGCAAAGAAACCACAAGAGAUUUAGCAAAAAGAGGGGCCAGGAUCAUCAUGGCUUGCAGAGAUAUUGUCAAAGCCGAAGUGGCGCAGAGAGAGAUCGUUGCUGAGUCAGGCAACCAAAACGUCCUUAUCAGGAAACUCGAUUUGGCAGACAUCAAAUCAAUCAGAGAAUUUGCAGACGUAAUAAGCAAAGAGGAAAAGCAAUUACAUAUUCUUAUAAACAACGCUGGAGUCAUGAUGUGCCCCUAUUCUAAGACUGCAGAUGGCUUUGAGAUGCAAUUUGGAGUCAAUCAUUUGGGCCACUUUCUGCUAACGUUCCUGUUGACUGAUUUGCUGAAAAAAUCUGCUCCGUCAAGAAUCAUCAUCUUGUCCUCCAUGGCGCAUAGCUGGGGCACCAUCAAACUGGAUGACAUCAACAGUGAGAAGAGUUACCAUAGCAGGAGGGAGUACGGACAGAGCAAGCUAGCAAAUAUCCUCUGCGCUCGAUCCCUGGCCAAAAGACUCAAAGAUACAGGCGUGACAGUAUAUGCUGUCCACCCAGGCAUCGUCCGCACUGAACUGAAGAGACACAUGAACCUCGGGCUCCUUUUCCUGUGGAAAAUGGUCAGGCCUUUCACUAAGACAUCAAUGCAGGGAGCUCAGACUUCAAUCUACUGUGCUGUGGAGCCAGCGCUCCACUCGCACAGUGGUGGCUAUUACAGCAAUUGUAGACCUUCAAGUUGCACAAGAGCUGCUAGAGAUGAUGAAAUGGCCCAGAAGCUGUGGGACCUCAGUUGCCAGAUGCUUGGCAUCAACUGGGAAUGA